AACUUUUGAGAAUUAUUCUUACAAAUAAUUCUUUGGAUGAAGUAAUAUCAAGUGCUGAAAAAAAUAUCAGAUUAUCCGAUUCUUUAACAAUAUUAAAAAGAAGAAUAUCGGGUGGUAGUAUAGAUAUUUCAGAUGAAUUUAAAAUACAAGAUCUUCCUCAAUUUUAUAAAUUAAGAAAUAUUAUUGAUCAAGAAAAAUCUUUUGGCUACAAACCAUUUCCUGGUAUAUUUCUUGGUCUAAAAUCGGAAAAUGCCAUUUUACAAAAUGAUAUUUUAGACCUUUUAGUCAAAUUUUAUAAUAAUAGAAUAACAGAUUAUCAAUUUACCACUCCAGGAGAUAUAUUGAGAAUUGAUCAAAUAUCUGUAUUUUCCAAAAUAAUUCAAUAUGG